UGCUGUCAUGGGCUGAUGUGUAUUUUGUUGCAUUCCUUUUUUCUACGAAUUGUAGAUAUUUAUCGUUUUGCAUAUUUUUAAAUGAAACUCCACAUUAAACAAUUGGAUAGUGUUUGCUAUUGCGUCAGUGUUGUUAAACAGUGGUGGGAACGAGCCACCUUGUAGUGGCGGGUGACAUAAUUUUCGUAUUGCGUAUCAUGUAGUUAUUGUGGUUUAUUUUGUGGCUUGCUGCAUCUAUUUUCGACUCGAGAAUCGUCCCUAAGCAGGAGCCCAAAUGACGUGAUCCAAAAUGAGCUGGCUGCGGACCCCGGUGUUCGCGCGGCAGCUCUCGCGGAGCCUCGACCCGAGGCACGACUACGAGCCGCAAGCCUGCUACAGUUCCUUCUGCAAGCACUGGCAGCAGGCUCAUGAGAUCAUCCUCAAGUCGCAGCCACGCCAACUUCACGAUGACGUGCUGGCCGUCGCCAAUCACUUAGAACAACUAGCAACCCUGCUGGAACUAGAAGCGAGAGCACGAGAGACCAACACAGUGGCCACAUCAGGGGCGUGUCUUGAGCAUUUACUGUCGGAGAACCUUCUGGACAAACUGUAUGAAUGGGGAAACUCUACUGGCAUGUACAAAAACGCUGUGCGUUCAGAGGAACUGAAAUUGUUUGGGAGUCUCAUUAUUCAUUACAGCUCACAGGUAUUAGCAGCAGAGCCAUUCCUUAGGCCACUUUUGAAACUGUUCAGCGGAUUGAGGAACGAAUUAAUCCCGCUUGAUCAAGAAACCCAGUUGGUGAUGGUGUUGAACCACCUGUGCGUCGCCCUGAUGCAAAACAUCGAGUUCAUCGACCUCUUCUUCUUAACGAACCACACGCAAACCGAAGCCAAGCCUGAGUUCAUAAUAUCCCGCCUUCUCCUAAAGUUCGUCCACCGCGAAGGUCCCAAGGGUUCAGCGGCGCGCGACGCCCUACUUCUCUGCGCGAACAUGUCUGCUCGCUCCCAGCUGGCAAGGUGCAUGCUCGAGGGAGAUACUUGCCCUGUGCUGGCCACAGGUCUAAGUGGAUUGUACUCACUUCUCCCGCGGACGUUGGGUGACAACGUGUACCGAUUGACGGCCGACGACGUGAACCAGGGCCACAAGUUGACGCUGUUCACGGACUCGGUGGAAUUCUGUAACGCUGUUGCGCAGGUCGCACAUUCGUCGAUCAAGAAGCAGCUCCUCGACCUGCUGUACCAAGGAUUCCUGGUGCCCGUAAUGGGACCCGCGUUACUUCAGACGAAACCCGGGCCGUUGCAGAGUGGCGCUCCCGAGCAAGCCGCGGCAAUGGCCUACCUAGAACUUGUUCUACGGUGCUCAACUCAACGGGGACUGCUGAGAGCGGUUCUACAUUUUCUCUUCACGUAUGAGUACGAUGGAGUGAAGUUGAUUGACGUCAUGCUUAGAAGAUUGGACGGGAACACUCAGCUCUCCCUAGUCUCCCUCUCCCUAAUGGAGACAUUAAUCGACCUGAACUGCGAAGACGUCAUGAUCGAACUAGUCUACAAGUACCUCCAGAAAGGGCACCACCUGCUCACCCACCGGCCGACCCCACCCGACCCCGACUCAUACAGAGACGCCGCCAUGUCUUUCCUAAGUCUUAGCCCUCAGUGCUGCUUCAGGCCUUUAAGCAGAACUAGGGCUUGGGUAGAUGAACUGGCUAUGAGUGGCAGGAGAGUAUUGGAUUUGAAGAGAGAUGAAGAAAGAGUGAAUGGAGUCCAAGAUGGGAUCGCUAUGAACAGUCUAGUGCAGGAAGUCAAGUUUAAUUAUGGGAACCCGAACGACACUCUGUUCGGCAACUACCACGCGUACCUCUGCGACGCUCGGUUCGAGAUCGUCUCGCGCGCGCUCGUCUGCGCACACUGGAGCUCCAAAUACGACUCCAUCGCCCUCCCGAAGCCCGAGCCCAACAACAACACGAAAGAGACGAGAGAUGAACCCGUCCCCGCAAAAGAGCAGGACAGCCUCAUCUCCAACUGCACCAGCGGCUACGAUACUCUAAAAACCAGCGACACCUCAGAAAAAGAACCGCACAGUUUAACCUCUUUAAAUGAAGCCGAUGAACAAGUGAACGGAGAGAAAGACGGCGAUAGCCUGAUAUCGACGGGCAGCGACAGUGAUAAGGACGAGGAGUUUGUGGAGGACUCGUUCAGGAUGUGCUUCCUGAAGGUGGACAGGGAGUAUGAAGAUGUGCCUGUGAUCAAGAAUUGGGUGGCUGGCGGGAGGGUCAGUCCGGCGUCACUUAUUGGCCCUCUCCUAAGCAGCCUCCUGAAAAAAGCAGCUGCGCUCCUAGAAUCAGACGUCCUUAGCAACUGUCUAGUCACGGGAUUGCUCGGCAAACUGUGCGCGGCGCCCUGCGCACUCCUACCCGGCCUUCUGCUACCCCAGCCGCACACGCAGCCCAACGUGCCUUCCUUAUACCAGAUACUAAGCAAGCUGCGAGACGAACUAGACGAUUUGACCAGCGGGUUAGACAAUACCGCUGAACUGGUGGACAAAGCGCGCGUGUUUCUAGUUCAGAGAGAACUGCUGUUCGUCAAGAGGACCAACAACGAAGGUCCCAGUAACAACAGCAGCCCGCGCGUCGACGAGCCACUACAUCGCGGCGAGACCAAACGGCGGAGUCUCAGCACGAGUCUGUCCAACAUGUUCGGGAGACGGUUAUCUGCAUCUCCAUCACAACCGCACAGCAUCCCGCACUCGACCAACUCGCCCGCCAAACGCCCCGUCUUUACCCAAGAAGCCUACUGGAACCAGUCCAUCGCUCUCCGCUCCAUCUUCAACGCCGUCCUACUAGACGAAUGGCUCAAAGAACUAGCGGCCCUCUGCGAAGAACAUGCCCUCAGACUCUCCGCUAUCAACUAUGAAGACGAUACUUAUUUGAGAACGGUGGGGUUAUGACUGUUGGCUAAACGGGGCGUCAAGGAUGUAGCUACGAGAGAUACGUCCGUAUGACAAAGAAAUAUGCUGCUGAAAGCAGCCAAAUAACGUACCCAUUCCAUCUACGCCGUCCUAAUAAAUGAAAAGCUCAAAAAAACUUACGGAGCUCUGUAUGCACCUAACUUAUACGGAUGUUAGGUUCAGUACUGUUAGACGGGGGUCAAAGAUAUCACACAACACUCGUUAAGAUAGGCCUGAAAUGUAAAAGCGAGUAGUGUAAAAGAGAGACAGGCCACAUAUCAGCAUAGUUGGAUAUUACACAUCUGCUGAUCGUGCCUUUUGUCAAUUAUAGUGAAAACUAUAAAUUAUUACUUACUCUAUAAGGCAGUUGUACAUCACACGGAAGUUUUAAUAAUGUGCAAUCGAAAAACAAUCUUACUUCGACAGAAAUAAAAUUGAUUUUUCGGAGGCAGUCUAAAACCGACAUUGAUUAAAAAGGUAAUAAACAGUUCUGCGCCACCAUGCGGAAAAAACAGCUCUUACCUUAAAAAUGUUGGGUUGGAAUAAAGUCAUAACUAUAAAUGUGUUUUGCAAUAUGUCAGGAUCAUCGAAUUUAGCGCUGUGCGUGCUCAAAUGAGAAUUAUUAUUAAGGUUAUAAUUAAAAUUAAAAUAGGGCGAGUUGAUAAGGCACUUACGUUAGCAAAAUGUAUGGGUUGUUGCAUCAGUCUGAUUGUGUGUAUAGUUUAGACUUAUUUUCCAGUUUUAUUGCAAAACACGUGUAUGGUAUAUGCUUUUUCUUACACGGUACAUAAAAACUAGUAAAAUUGUAGAUUAGUAUGUAAAUAGAAUUAGAAUUGGAUCGAAAUUGCUUUAAAUUUUUAUAUGUUUAAUUUCAUAACGAUCAAAGUUUUUAAUUUUUAACAUUCAGUGAUAAUACUUUCUUUUAAUUUAAUAAUUAUAGUAAUACGUAAUAAUCACACAUAAUUGUAAGUCCCUACUUUUAUAGAGUAGUAAAUGCCAUGAAAGUAAUUUUGAACUGUGAUUUUGUGAUGUUCAAAGCUGGUUUAUUUAUUGUACAUAAUAUUCAGUAUUUCGUAAUUACUUAAAAUCAGUAGCCGCGUGUGUUUUAAUACUAAUAACGAUUUUUAAUUAGAUUUAUGAAUUUUCCUAAAACAUUUUAUUAUUAUAUGUCUGUGCUUUUUAUUCUAUUGAGAUGUUUUUAACUUUUCAGAUUUUUGACUUUCUUAGUUUUUUAUAAUUAUUAUGUUUUAUUGUAUAACUUGCGAAUUGAUAUGUUAUUUUCGUGAAACGAACAUUUUUAUUGUGUUGUAUUUUGUUUCUUAUAUUUUUAUAGUUUGACAGUAUUUGUUGCGCAAAGCUUUUAAAUCCAGGACUUAGGGACUCUAGUCCUUACUUCGUCACGUCCUUUUCCGUCCAACGGAUACAGACAUCUUUAUAUAAGGUUAUGUAAGCGCAAAUUUGUAAUUAAAUAAGAAUAUAUAUUAUAUUUCUAACUUGUGUGUGUAAUAAGUCAAUUUAUUGUUUAUAAGAA